GCUUAAAUGCCAGUACACUCAGGAAGACUUCAAUCAAGAAAACACUUCCUCUGAAGUAGCUAAAUCUAGAACUAAAAAGAAAAGACAGCUCAAGCAUAGCCUCUAUCAAGAAAACCAAUCUUCUAGAAUUAUUAAGCCAGAAGAAGCAUCAGAGUCUAAAGAGGAGGAAACAGAAAUUGAAUCUGACUUUGUUUCUUUAGAGAAUUGGGGUUUUCUGAAUUCUACCUAUUAUGAUUCUGAUCAAGACACUGACAACUUCUAUGAAGAGAACAUUUUUAAUUUUGAUGUCGACGAGCCUGACAAGGAUCAUGAUUUUUUCUUUGAUGAAAUCAAAGAGUUCCCUUAUGAGUUAAAUUCACCUCAUUCCUCAUAG